AUGGCCUCAGGAACUAAAGAAAUCGCCGUCGAAAUGUUGCCCUAUUUCCACCUAUUCACCGACGGCACCAUUGAGAGGCUUCCUCCGCCACUCAACUCCUCUCCCUCAGACGACCCGGACGCCGCCGUCUGCUCCAAAGAUGUCCUCAUCGACCCCGACACCGAUGUCUCCCUCCAUAUAUUCGCGCCACACCAACGAGCUCCGCCGCAGAAACUCUCCCUCGUCGUCUACAUCCACGGCGGCGCUUUCUGCAUGGGAGCAUCCAGCAGCCCCGCCUUCCACAAUUUCAUCUCCAAAUUAGUCGAAAAGGGAAACCUAAUCGCAGUCUCCGCCGACUAUGGAUUAGUUCCCGAAAACCCCCUCCCGAUCCUAUUUGACGACACGUGGAACGCGUUUCAGUGGAUCGCCGCCCACGCCGAUGGCGACGGCACCAAUCCGUGGCUCAACGAGUAUGCCGACUUCUGGCACGUGUUUAUCAGGGAGAGAGCGCGGGGGCCACCAUAG